CAAAAAAAUAUAAAUUCGUUUUUGCCGGUCAAUGAAAAGUGGCGCGCUUGAUGUGUGUGCGUUUCAGUGUUAGUUAUUGUUGCGAAAAAACGCAUAUAAAAAAAUUACAUGCAAUCACACGCACACACAGAAGCACCCGCAGAAAUAUAAAUCGCGCCGUUUUUUUUUGUUUUUUUUGUAUUUAAAAAAUUGUUCUCAAUUGCACGUGUGACCAGGUAGAGGAAUCUACGGCAAGAUGACCACCACUCCCAUUAACGACAUGUCUGUGGUGGCCUCCGGCUCAUCUAGGGCCAUGUCGUCGCCUUCGCCAAUGCUCAAACUAGAUGUGGAUUUCACAGGUUCCUACUUUGAGAUGCACUCCAGCCUAUCAGAGGAGGAACGUCGCUUCUACCUCAAAAUGUACCCCACUGUGGACGGAGUCAAUCAGCGAAAGGUUCAUUGCACCGUUUGCCGUGUACAUAUUGGGACUGCGCCAAGUGCGGAGCACAAUAUUAGGAUGCAUCCCAUUCUGCGAGUAACGCACUGUGUUAAGUGUCAUGACUUCUACAAUAGUGGAGAGUUCUCUAAGGGUGAGGACGGUUCCGAAUUAUACUGUCGAUGGUGCGGACAGGGCGGAGAAGUUUACUGCUGUUCUACGUGUCCAUAUGUGUUCUGCAAGUCGUGCAUCAUCAAGAAUCUAAGUCGUGGCGUAAUUUUGGACAUUGAACAGAAUGAGAAUUGGAACUGCUUUAGUUGUACCCCAAAAAUAUUGUGGCCCCUGCGUGCGCAGCAUUGGGCCCUGAUUAACUACAUAAAAGCCCAAAAGCGUGGCCUCCAAGCCCUGCGUCUACCCGAUGGGGAACAUCGACGUCAACUAAACAAGGAUAAUUGCCAUUGCUGCCGUUUAGCGAAAUCCAAAGCUAGUAGCCUAUCAGAUUCCAUGGAGAGUUUAGAGUCGAAUACUUCGAGACGAAGUCUUGGCACUGCUGUUGGUCCUGGAAAACGUGUAGCAGUUAAACCCAGUGUUAGUCCAGCGGCCAAACGUCCCAAAUCCUCCAAUGAUGAAGUGGUCUGCACUCCAGAUCUUCUUAGUAUGCUGGAACCAGAUUGCCACAUCUCUGUGUCUGGAAAGGCAGCGGCAACACCACGUCCUCCCGUACCAGCAUCGAACAUCACUACAACCCCACGAAUUCUCACUGUACAACAGAAUUAUAGCGGACCAGGAACCAGCUCAAAUGGAGCCCCACGCUCCAGCUUACCGCCACCACUUGUACUGAGUAGUUCCGGCAUGCGCUAUCGCCAGACAGCUCCGCCAGCUAAUGCUGCCCCCGGGGCUGGCAACAAUGUGAUGCGACGCACUUUGGUGCCCAAUUCUGUGCGCAGCGCUGGCCCAGUUUUCCAUACUAUUAAUGGCUUCCGAGUGGAUUUGAAUAGUGCUGCCCAGCAAGAUUCAUAUCGGCUACCAAAUGGUCGUCUGAUUCAAGUCAAGCGCCAAUUACCCCCUGCCGUACAAGCUCCUAGUUCACAGAACUCUACUUCCGCUCCGGGAGCGGCUCAAGUUGUUAUACGACAGCGUCCCGGAUUGCCUCCACCGCCUGGACCCGGCCGACCCUCAAAUUUUGGUAACAACAUGGGCAUAUAUAACCCACAGACGAAUCAACAACAGCGUGCUCCCCAAGUGGUACGGAUAAGCAGUAUAUCAUCUGCCCAACAGGCACCGCCAGCUCCACAUGCACAGCCAUCCAACUCGAAUGGCGGAGGACCCAAUCCGGCCAUUACUACUAUUACAAUGCCUGUGCCCACCAAAACGCCCACUUUGGCGCGUCACGUGUAUCCCAAUACAGCUUUUGGCCAAUCUCGGACCCAGCUGCAAGAGCAAAUCUUUAGCGCAAUGGACAUUUGCACUCAUCUCACUGGCAAAGUGAUCUCUCUCACUAACUCGAACGCCUACAAUCAGGCCCGUAGUUAUCUCGAUCUUAAGGAACUAUACAUUCACAUGUCCUACCUAAUGACCUACGCCAUCGGCAGAUUUAAGCAUCUACAGGAGAAGUGCCUUGUGGAUAUGAGAGACAUGGGAUUUAAGAAUGAUGCGAAUAGUCUAGAAAAUGGUCAACUGGCUGCCGAGAAACAAGCCAGCGACGAUGAGGAUAAUGAGAUUGAAAUUGUUGAGCCCAAAACGGAUACCAUUACCAUUGAUUCGGAUAACGAGGAAGAUGCAACACCAACAACAUCGACGGUGACAUCGAAAAGUACUUUGAAAAUCACAUCAGUAACAUCGGCUGCUCCCAAAAGAGAACUUGUGGGUAAAAAUUCCAACUCCAGCAUUACUGGAAUCAACGUUCCUGUUGCGCCUGCUGCCAUCGAUGAUAUUGAUGUGGCUGCAUUCAGUUCAUCCAUUUUGGCCAGUCUUCUGGAAGUUGAUAUGUCAGAGGCGGCAGGUGAAGUUAAGAAGAAGCAACCACGGAAAAAGACAACCAACAAACCGAAUCCUGCUCUACUACAAUUGGAGAAACAACGCUUGGAGGAGUUGAAGAAUUCGGAUCCAAAAUUGAAAAUGAAGGUUGUGGUUAAACUUCGUCGUGCCGAAGAAGAUUUUGAAGUAGCUCGCAAAUGGAUGGCACAACAUCAUAAAAAGCACACUCUUCCAAAGGACUUGCAAGAAGGUGACAAACUAAAAAUUGAGACUGAAAAUCGGGAAGCAACAGAUGACAAUCAAGAAGAUGAGAAUGCUAGGGACGAGAAAGACAAAACCCCAAUCGACCAAUGUGAGAAAGAUGAUACAGUCUCAAAUGAAAAGGAAAUCGGCGAUAAAGAUGACUCUGAAGCAAUGGAAACUUCUCCGGUUUCUGAAGAACAGGAAAAAGUUAAUGAGAAUGAUGCAAAGACUGGAGCAUCUGCCGCUGUCGAGAGUAUGGACAUAACGGAUACUGAUGACCACAUAAUCUUAGAGGAAACUCAAAAGGAUAAACAAUCAGAGGAACCAAUGGAAAUGGAAGUUUUAGAAUCCUAUUUGGAGGAAAUUUCAACCACAGAAAAAGAACAACCAUUAAACAGCACAGAAACUGAUGUCAUCAAAGAGAGUACAGAACUAAAGGAGAAAGAAACUUCCAAGGAGAACAUAAAAGAAAACGCAAUUAAGGAAUCAGACGAAAGUCCUAGCAAAGUAAAAGAAAUUUCGAGCAAGGAAGAUGGACAAACGCAAGUAAGCAAGGAAACAACGGAAAACCUCGAAGUGGAAGUAAAAAAACCACACGAAAACAAACCUAAAGAAAGUCCUAUUAAGGAACUCAAAGAGAGCCUUAAAGUAAAAAAUAGCCCUGAAACGGAAAGUAAAAAAAGUUCUACCAAGGAUGUUGGAGAAAUCCCUGAGGAGAAAGCAAAAGAAAGUCCUGCCAAAGGAGUUAAAUGUCCUGUAAAGGAUGUUGGAGAAACCCUUGCGGAUAAACCAGGAAAAAGUGCAAGCAGAAAAAGCCCUGAGAAGGAUGAAAAAGAAAGUCCUAGUAGCGAAGUAAAGGAGAGUCCUAAAAAUAAAGCAAAAGAAAGUCUUCGCCAAGAAGUAAAAGAAAGUCCUGAAAAAGAAAUUAAGAAAAGUCCUAGCAAAGAACUAAAUGAAGUUCUUCAAACGAAAUCAGAACAGAGUCCUUGCAAGCAAAAAAAAGAGAGUCCUGAAAAGAAAGCAAAAGAAAGUCCUUGCAAAGAGGGAAAAGGUGAGUGCCCAGAAAACAAAGAAAAAGAAAACCAAAAAACUAAGGAAAAUCCAAAUCAUGAGAAAGACGACGAAGUAAGUCCCAAAAAGGAUUUAAAGCAGCAAACGGAGGAAGAAUCAGCAAAACCGUCAGCUGUGCAAGAAAUAGCAGAUGAAAAUGGCGAACAGGAUAAGACAUUAUCAGCAGCUGAUAAUCUUCCAGAGACUGAAACCACUGCAAAAGCCGCAGCCUCAAGUAAAGACAGCAAGAACGCACCAAAACCCAUGAAAGAAACCGUUAGCAGUAAUGAACCGGCAGCAGCGGCUACAACGAAACUUUCUUAACUAGUUUGUGAGACAUUUUCAUAAAUUUUCUAUUUUGUAAUUUUUUACUUUUUUUCAAAAACUUCGGAAAUUGGAUACAAAAGGAGAAAUUUGUAAAUUUUUUUUUCCAAAGCAUUAUAGACAAAGAAAAAUGUGUCGUAAUUAUCUGCGUGUGUCAGAUAAUUGAUGACCAGAUUAUCAUUAUGUAAUUGUAUAUAAAUAUGGAAAACGAAUUCAUUGUUAAAGAACUAAACAGUCAAAAAAUUAUGUUGGAGCAAUGAUUCAUAAAUAUAUAUAAUAUACAAACAUAAGAUAUUUUAGUA